AUGAUCUUACGGAAUCUUAGUCGCAGCUCAAAGCUGUUGCGGUCUAAGAACAUAUCUCCAGCUUAUACUUUGAGAACCGCUCGUCUACCAAUUCGUCAAACCCUCAUAUUGCCCUACCGCACCUUUGCCAGCCAGCUCACAGCAGACGAGAAAAUUGAAGAGAUCCAGGAACUAUACGCCACAGCCAAGGACGAAUUCGAGAUUGCCUCGGAAGAAACAGACAAGAAAACCGUCUAUGCGGCGGACGACAGGGCAGCAGCGCAUGAAGAGCUAGGCAAAUUGAAGGCUGCAUUCGAAGAAGCCGUUAAGUCAGAGCACGGUGAGGAGAUCAAACGGAGGAUCGGGCAGAGGAUCAGGGAGCUAGAUAGGGCUGUUGAGGCCAUGGAAGAGAAGGCCAAAGAGGACUAA